AUGUUUGCUCGUGUCUUAGCCACAGCUAUGCUGUGCCUGACAGUUUCUGCGAAUAUGCAAGUCAAACGUCAAGCAACCGACGCAGCGCAAUUCACUUCGGCAGCAGAUCAGUUGAUCUCUCAGUACAUCCCCUCAACGGCCUUGCCAGCGCUAGAAUCAGCAAUCAGUUCUGCUGCAAGUGUUGCUCAGAUCACGGGCGAGCCCCUGUCGCUUAUAUAUGAGGCUCUUCUAUCCAGCAGCAUUCCUGGCUGGUUCUCUUCUGCAGUCCCAAGUGCUUAUUCCACGCAAAUUGCUGCUCUCGAAUCAAACAUCAAUGCUCUGCGUGUCACCUCAACGCCCGGAGGACCUCUACUUCCAGUUGCAACUGUCGUCACCACAACAAACUCUGCAGGAAGUGCCAUCACGACAACAUUGUCGCCUUCGAGCACUGGCCCAAGCAGUUCUGCCACUGUCACAAGUACAUCCAUAACUGGACUGCUUACUACAACUACAACUACUCCUUCCGGGACAGCAACCGGGGCAGGCAGCGUGGUCUCUUCUUUGACGACAGAAGUUAUCUCUGGAGUAACAUCGAUCUUCAGCACAGCGGUCAGCACGGCGGUCAGCAAGGCUUCCAGUGUCGCAAGUGUUGCAAGCAGCGCCGUAAGCAGCGCCGUAAGCAGCUCGACAUCAUCUGCAGGCGGAUCAUUGCCUACCGCUGUCUCAAGAGGGGCUGCUGUAGGGAUGAUGGGAAUUUUUGGCUUGGUCGCUGCAAUGUAAUUGAGAACGUCUAGACAGUCUAGGGAGGUGAAUGCACACUGUUUACUUGGGGUGGAUGAUUUGAAGUAAUGACACUCGCCCUUUCAUUGUACCAG